AUGUCUGCUCAUCGUAAAACAUCAGUACUGAUCACAGGUUGCUCGCCUGGUGGUAUCGGUCAUGCUCUUGCCAUGGAAUUUCACAGAAGAGGUUGUCAUGUUAUAGCCACAGCUCGCAAUUUGGAAUUAAUUAAAGAUCUCGACUUGAUGGGCCUUAGUAUUCUGGCCUUGGAUGUUACGAGCAAGCAGAGUAUCGAUGAAUGUAAAAGUCGCGUUGAGCAGCUUACGGAAGGACGUCUUGAUAUCUUGAUUAAUAAUGCGGGACGCCCCUGUGUAAUCCCAGCAUUAGACUUCGACCUCGCCGACGCAAAAAGAACAUACGACACCAACAUCUUCGGACCCAUGCUCCUAAUCCAAUCUUUCAUCAGCCUCCUCAUUCCCGCUCGGGGUCUCAUCAUCAAUAAUUCCUCUGCCUCCACAGAACUGCCUUCUCUCUUCAGUAGCGUCUAUUCCUCAUCCAAAGCCGCUUUGAACGCGUAUUCAACCGUUCUGCGUAUGGAAUUGAGACCGUUCAAUGUUAGGGUCAUGGUUUCCAUGACGGGCACCGUCAAGUCAAACAUGCCUAGUAAAGUGGAGCAGUCAUUACCUCCUACAUCGCUCUACUCGGCUGUCAAUGAUAUGUAUCAGAGUAGGGUUACAUGGUCGCAGAGAGCUGGGACUAUGUCAGCAGAGGAUUUCGCGAAGGGCCUUGUUACUGAAGCUCUUAAAGGGGAGGGCUGGCUUGGAGGUUGGAUCGGUGGCUCCUCCCUUAAAGUCGAAUUACGACCAGAAUUGAUCAAGAACACGAUUCCUGUUGAUAUUUCUGAAAGCUCACUGUCAAUUUCCGGAGUAAAACGCAAAGUACAAUUUGCUACCACUUCCACUACCAUCUGCGUGGCGGCAGUGCAAAGAGCACCUACGAGCCGAAUCGAUGACCUUUGCUAUACUCUGGAUAUUGCUGUACAGGAAGAUGCCAUUCGGUUCGUUCUCGACCACUCAGAUGAUGAACAGUACCACAUGCGACUCCUACGCAAGGUCGAUCAGGACAUCAACUUAUGCUUUCUACAAGACAUCAUUUUCGGCUCAACCUCUUUGGCCAAACCUGCCCACGGCUCAGAUGAAUUAAGCUGA